AUGUUUGAGUUUCUAAAAAUAGUUGUAUCAGCAGCGAUAAAAAAAAGUGAUGUCAAAAUUAGUAGUGAUAUCGAAGUAAUUGUUAAUAAACUCUUAUCUUUGGACCUAUUUGAAGUAGACAAGAAUACAGCCCGAAAGGAAGUGAAAUUACUUAAACAAUCCAUUUGUAACAUUGAUGGAAAAUUUGCUGCAAUAAUCUACAAUGCAUUGACAGGAAUUUUUGCAAAAACCAAUGAAAAAUCACGUCAAGAGACAUUUGAGCAUUUAAUGGAUGCUUGCUAUGAGGAAAUAUUGUAUAAUUUCGAACUUCAAAAUGGAGGUGAAUUUAUGAAAAAACCCAAUUUUAAUAUCCAGGUCAAAUUGCUAUUACCUUUAGUAAAAUUUGAGCUACUAUUGAAAUAUGUAGAAAAUAAUAAUAAUUCAAAUGAAGUCAAGAAACUAAUUAAUAAUAUUCAACAAUAUUUUAAUUAUCCGAGAUUAAACCAAGAAGAUAUUUAUGUCAUAAUUAAAAACAAAAUUGGCAUUAAUAAAGAGUUUAAUCUGAUUUCGUAUAAAAUGGUACCUCUAGAUGUCAAAAAUGGCGUCUUAGGUGAUUAUUUCAAAUUAUUCAUCAACUUGGAAGACGAACAACUUAUUUUUUUCGCCAAAUUCUUAAGUUGCACGACCGAGAUUAUGAAGUCAGUAUUGAAAUUGGGUCCAUCCAAGAAAGAAGAAUUUUUCUAUAUGGUUUUUGUGCCUAAAGUGAAAGAGUUAGGCUAUGGAGAUUUAUUGGAUUUCGCUCCAAAUUGUUACUUUUCCAGAGUGGAUGAUGUUAUUGUCUUAGACGAUAUGACUCAAGAAGGAUUUAUUGGUUCAACCCUAAACAGUAAGCUUAAUUACGAGGCUCUGAAAGUAACUGUUGAAAAAAUUGCCAAAUUUCAUGCUUGCGGGUUUAUCCUUGAAGAAAAUUUGAAACAAUCUGGACAAUCGCUCUACCAGAAUUACAAAGAAUAUCUACAAGAAGUUAUUUUUGUACCAGAAUCGCCUUUAUUUAAAGCCACUGUACCUCGCAAUGAAAAAAUAUUCAUGUAUUUAACAACCAAAAAAUUUCCAGAGGUCUGUGCUAAAUAUUCAGAAGACAUUCUAAAAGAAAAAUAUGCAAAUGGAUGGAGACUUUUUACAGAAAAACUUCACAAAUCUGAAACAUUUAAAAACGUUAUUUGCCAUGGAGAUUUACAUGUAGGAAAUAUGUUAUUUAACUACAAAUCUGGGAAUACAGCUUUAAUAGACUUCCAGAUUUUAAGAUAUUGCCCGCCUGCACACGAUUUAUUGUUAUUUUUGUAUUGUACAACAUUCAAAGAGACUUUUGAUACAUACCAUAACGAACUGAUCGCGUAUUAUUAUUCAGAAUUAACGAAACAUUUAGGAAAAUUCAAUUUUGAAAUUGAAAACAUCUUACCAAAAGAAGAAUUUUACCAGAGCAUUGAUUAUAUGAAAAGUCAAUGCAUCUUGCAGGCAUUUUUUUAUAAUUUAAUUCAUAUGAUCGAGCCGAAGAAAAGGGAAGAAAUUUUAGAAGACGAAGAAAAUUAUAAGAAAUACAUAGCUAACGAAUAUGGUGGAGUCGACUUGGGAUGGGAAGACGAAACUUAUAGGAGAGUCAUCAAAGGACUUAUGGAGUUGGUUUUAGAGUUGUGUGAUGAUGGACAUAUUUAG